AAAGGUUGCACGCGAAGCGGCGCCACGCCCGCUCCCCCGAAGUGUUCGGGAUCGUCGGCGGGGCGCGGAGGUGGAGCUGUCGGUCGGCGCAGUCGCUCGCCGCGUUUUAUGCAACCAGUCUUGCUUCGGAGCGAGUGAAUCUACUGCUCCAGCGUUUGACAGACGGGGAGAGCGUGUGCAGAGGGCAUCGGUGUCCGUCUGGCCGCAUCCAAAGCUGGUCGGUCCUUGUCAAUCGUACGGCCGACCGUUUCGACGAGGCAACCGAUUCGGCCCGAUCCGGUUUCCCAUCGUGGCCCACGAGAACGCACGGGACACACACGAGCGAUAUUGUGCAAACGGCCGUACUACGUAGAACGUAUAUUCUUGUCGGUUGGUUGCGUGCGCUGGCUUUGCCGGCGAGAAACCAGGCAAGCGGGACGAUCGAGCAGGACCUCGAAAGGCGGUGUCGAUCAUCGUCGUCGUUGUGUAUUCGGCAACCUACACUAUUCUCGGUCAUCCACGGCUGGGAUUUUCCACGUUCAACGGGUCCGCUCGAUGCUGCUUGGUUAUAAUACGGCCGCGAACUCGUGUCCACACCGAUUCGAGUGCCAGUGCGACGACGACAGUCCGGGCGUGCUACACGGGUGUAUUAUCUCCGCGGCUGUGUACAUAUAAGAGGAUGUGGUGUAUGUGCGUAACGUGUGCGUAGAGGAAAACAAAUUCAUCGUUGUUGCGGGAUCGAGAGAGAAAGAGAUAUAGAGAGGAUAGGAGAGAGAGAGAGAGAGAGAGAGAGAAAUAUAGAGAAACGGAGAGAGAGAGAGAGAAAGAGGGAGAGAACACCCGUCCGUCGCCGGAGUUUAGAGAGUGGGAGAAGGAGAGGCGGCCGUGAAUCCACGAUACGCGGCUACGUUCACGCCGUCGCGUAUUCCACACGGCACCACACCGAAACCACGACGUCGGCCCAGAUCGCAGGAGAAGAGGAAUACGCGUACACCUGCACGUCUUCCGAAUUAUUACGAAUUCGCAUAGCUCCGACGCGCCUUUUGGCGCGUUCAGACCCCUCGCUCGGUCGACUUACUCGACCUCCUCGUCGCCACUAUGGCGGACGACGAGGUUCUCUUCGACGAGGUUUACGAGCUCUGCGAGAUUAUCGGCAAGGGACCAUUCAGCGUGGUGCGGAAAUGUAUUCACCGGCAGACGGGCCAGACGUUCGCCGUAAAAAUCGUCGACGUAGCGAAGUUCACCUCCAGUCCUGGUCUAAGUACAAACGAUCUGAAGCGGGAGGCGACGAUAUGCCACAUGUUGAAACACCCCCACAUUGUAGAGUUGCUCGAAACUUACAGUUCAGAGGGUAUGCUCUACAUGGUGUUCGAAUAUAUGGAUGGCUCUGAUUUAUGCUUCGAGGUUGUUCGGAGAGCGAACGAUGGAUUCGUAUAUAGCGAAGCGGUUGCUAGCCAUUACAUGCGACAGAUCCUGGAGGCGCUGCGCUACUGCCACGAGAACGAUAUAAUUCAUCGUGAUCUAAAGCCGCAGUGCGCACUCUUGGCGGGCAAGGCAAAUUCCGUACCGGUGAAGCUACGCGGGUUCAGCGUCGCCGUGCAGCUCCAGUCUUGCCAGGCGAACGGCGUCGGACUGACGUCCGCGGGCUGCAAUUUCCCUUUCGAGGACCUCACCGACGCCGAGGACUCGCUAGUGAGCGACACGGAAGACAAUAUCGGUCGUGUUGGAUGCCCGCACUUCAUGGCGCCGGAAGUGAUCCAGCGCAAACAGUACGGGAAACCCGGUGACGUCUGGUCGGCCGGUGUCCUGCUUCAUGUAUUACUAACUGGCACGCUACCGUUCGUCGGCUCGCAGCACAGACUGAGGGAGGCGAUCUGCGCGGGACGAGUACAGAUGAAGGCGGCGGCGUGGGACUGCAUUAGCGAUCCCGCGAAGGACCUCAUACAAAGAAUGCUUACGACGGACGUAAAUCACAGGAUUACCAUCCAGGAAGUUCUCAACCACAAAUGGCUUAGAGAUCGUGACAAGGGCGUGGUCCGAACACAUCUAGCCGAAACUAUAGAAGAGCUUAAGAAAUUCAACGCGAGGCGAAAGCUGAAGGAGGCCGUGAAGGCGGCGGUUUCGUCAUCGAAAUGGCACGCCGGCUAUUCGGAGGUUAAUGGCGAUAGUUUUUUCGAUAUAGGGGAUGAUAAAUACACGACCACAGGUCCUGUAGCAGAAAUUUUAGACUCUCUAGAUGAUAUUGAGCUACUUCAAGAGGGUGGAAGACUGACACGCUAUGACAUUCUGGAAGCGAUUCACGAUCGUCGUCUUCGAGCGUCUUUAGAGGGACCCUAUUCUUCUCGUCUUCUGGAAAUUGAUUUUUAACAAUUCUCCAAAUUGCCGCAGCCCUUUACUUUCUGGACAGCAAAGAUUAUUGAACCGACCACGCGAAAUUGAUUUAUUGGAUCAAGGGUGGUUGCAGGGUGGCACUUUCUCCGCUGCAGUUAAACCCUGAUCGUGCGUCGGUAUCGUAGGGACCGUCUUCUGAACCGACGAUCGAUGUCGAGUUUCAAUUCUCUUGCGACAUAUUUCCACGAAUUUCUAUAGGAUUUCUAUCGAUCGAAUGUUUCUUGUCAUCAAUUGAAUUUUUGUCUGUUUAAUGAGCUGUUUGCGUCGAUGGUACAUGACAGGUUGAUAAGCUAUGGCGCCACCAUCGGUUUACCUAACCCUCUCAAGAUCAUUCCGACUUCCACCGUCCUCUUAUCUCACCCCUUCCGGGCACAUCAUUAUGUUUUUAUCCCGAGGGAAGAGUGGAUAAGGGCGCAAGCGCUCAAUCCUCGGCUGUCAAGAUGGCUGACGUGCUAUUGUGGUAAACAAAAUGCCACGGAGGAUCGCGGGAUCGCUGGAUCACGGGACGGGGUUUAUAGAUGUGCCUGUGCGUCUCGUUUGUGCCGGAUAAGGGGUCGCGUGUUCCAAAGAGAAAGAGAAAGAAACGAAAAGAAUGCGACUCUGCCAGCUGAUGUUCAUUGGCGAGGCCGAAUUGGCCGGCGACCUCCUUGAAAUCGCAGGCAUCCUGGUGAGUAGAUCGGCUCCAGAGAUCUAUAUGUAGAUCGCCGAGAUCCUCUCCCCUCUUUCGUACCAUGAUGCAAACAAUGCUGUUGGCCAACGCAACCGCGCGCGAUGCACUUUCAACGUGA